CUUGUCGUGGCACAUGGCGGCGGGGGGGGAUGCAGCGGUGAGCAAGAGAUAGGAACGAUGGAGGUGGCGGUGGAUGACGUCUGUCGCCAGGUGGAGGCCGACCGCGCCUGAUUUGUGAUUUCUUCCUUCCUCCUCCUCCUGCGCUCAACCAAGCAUGUCCACGCCCACUUCAAACAAGGGCAGGGGAAACCCCAUCCACAGACCCAAAGAUACACCAUUCACAGUCCACAACUCGAUCCUGCACGACCAGAAACUCCGCGCUCUACGCGCAGAGGCUGAGGCGCUUCGUCUCCAGCUCGGAGACAAGGACCCGAAGACGAUUGUCCAGAAACAUAUCCAGCGCUUGCAUACAUACAACGAGAUCAAAGACGGCACCCAAGCGCUUAUCGGACGUGUACGUUUAAAAUUUAUGAUGCACACCUCUUCAUACCGAGACAACAUUGACAAGGGUCUAUUUCGAUCUUACAAAGUACGCGCUCAUGACCAACCGGACUAUCAAAGAGGUCCAUCAAGAGCUCGAACUGCCGCUUACCGAUUGAUCUGGAAGACGCGUGGCGAAAUACAAGCCGGAUCAGUACUGCAAAUAUUUCGAGCCGAGGUCAAACGGGCCAUGGGAGAAAUGAAAUAGUAACAGGGCUGACAGGAAUGCAUCGUGGUUUUC